UGUCAGACGACAUCUUCUCCAACGAUGGCAGCAGCUGCACCUUUUCUGUCCGCUGAUGGGUACACCUGCUCGGUGUGCCUGGAGGUCCUGAAGGAGCCGGUCACCAUCCCGUGUGGACACAGCUUCUGUCUGGAAUGCAUUAAUAGUUACUGGGAUCGGUCAGGCUUAAUGGAGACUUACAGGUGCCCUCAGUGCAGAAUGGAGUUUCAUUCAAGGCCACAGCUCCACAAAAACACGACUCUCAUGAAUCUGAUAGAAAAGUUAAAGGAAACGGCAGCCAUCAGAGGUCCACCUCAGGGUACUGCAGGACGGAAUGAUGUGCUCUGUGACUUUUGCCCAGUGCGAAAACGGAGAGCUUCAAAGACCUGCUUGACCUGCACGGCCUCCUACUGCAAGAUUCACCUGCAGCCACACUUGGACUCGGCAGCCUUCAUGAGACACAAACUGCUGGAGCCGACUGGAAACCUGAAAGAGAAGCUCUGUUCAAAGCACCAGAAAGUCCUGGAUAUGUUCUGUAGGACCGACAAGAGCCGCAUCUGCUUACUGUGUGCGGUAACUGAACACAAUAGUCACAACGUCAGGAUGCUAGAUAAGGAGACAACUGAGAGAAAGUGUCAGUCGAAGAGAAGAAAGGCAGCAGUGGAAAAAAUGAAUCAAGAGAAAGAGAAGAAACUGGAGGAGAUGAUUCAAGAGAAAGAGAAGAAACUGGAGGAGAUGAUUCAAGAGAAAGAGAAGAAACUGGAGGAGGUGAAGGACACCUUAGCGAAGAUUCAGUUCCUUACAAGCUUAAGGUUGGGGAUCGCUGAGCGCAUUAGAGAUCGCAAAGAGAAGGAGGUGAGAAAAGCUGAAAUACUCAUCAAGCAAGCCGAAAGCCACAUUGAGAAUCUAAAGAUGACAAAUGCCGCACCUCCACAGACAAACGACCUAAAUAAGUUCUCUCACGUUAAUGAAGAUAGAAGUUUGCUCUUUCAUCGUCUGAGCCUGAGCCUUUCUGAUCUAAAGAAGGUGUUGGACGAGAUCAGCAGCGGGAACUUUCUGAAGACCACUGAGCUCAAUACGACAGAUAGAACAGAGCUUUUAAAAUACUCCUUCCCGCUCACCUUGGACCCCAACACGGCAAACAGGUGGCUUAAACUGUCUGAAGAAAACAGGAAGGUGACAUUUGUCAGGACAAUGACUGGCUACCCUGACCAUCCGGACAGAUUUGAUGGGAGUUUCCAAGUUCUGGGCAAAGAGGGUCUGAGCGAGAGUUGCUUUUACUGGGAGGUCGAGUGGAGAGGAGAGAGGGUCGAGAUUGGAGUCACCUAUAAAGGAAUAGGAAAGAAACAAUGGAGUGACAAGUGUCUUCUUGGCUUAAAUGACAAGUCCUGGUCUUUGUCCUGCUCUUAUUCCUCUUUCUCUGUGUCACAUGAUAGCUUGAAGAUUCAAUUUCUUGCCCCCUUCAGUCGCAGAAUAGGUGUGUUUCUGGACUGUAUUGCUGGCUCUCUGUCCUUUUAUAGCGUCUCAGACACAGCGACCCUCAUGUACAGGUUCAACCCCUUUUUCACUGGGCCGCUCUAUCCAGGGUUUUGGGUUUCACCCUACUCCAGUGUGACAAUCUGUCCUCUGUACCCCUUUAAGCAGUGACUGGUGUCAUCUGCUGGUCACCUCAUGUCUUCUUUCACACCGGCCUACUUGUUAUUUUGGAGUGAAGAGGAAAACUCCAUGGAUUGUGCAAGAGUUCAUUCAUUAUUUAAUUCCUGGUGCAUCACACUUAGACACACUGCCACCAUGUCAUCUCUCCCUUUGGUCAGUAGAUAUUCCAUCAAGGGCAUGAAGAGAUAACAGUGAGCUGAUUUCCAUUUGUCUGACUUCAGAUUGAAAACCCUUCAUCAUCGGGGUUCCCAUUCACCUCCAGUUUAUGCUCAGUACCUGUUAAUGACCACAUGGUGGCGCACUCCUAAUUGUUUAAGCUUUGAAUUCAUUCUGAAGUGAAAAGGCAAAUAAAGCUGUUGGGACAGAAGGGACACGUAAGAAGAGUCCAUUUCAUCCUGAAAAUUAAAUCCUAAUUUGUUUUCUAUAUGUUAAUUGGCAAGUGUAAAUUCAGAAAUUAGAGCUGACUGGUAGACUCGUUCAUUUAUAUUAAUUUAAUUUUGAUCCUCCAUAACUAAUAAAAACUGAACAAGGAAAUUAAAUGAAAAGACAAGUGAUCCAGCACCAAACCCAAUUUGCGGGACACACUCAUAUGCUCUAAAGACUGCAAUAACUUGCACUUUAAACAUCCAUCCAUUCUCCAACCCGCUGAAUCCAAACACAGGGUCACGGGGGUCUGCUGGAGCCAAUCCCA